AUGACUCGGUUGGUGAUCUGUGUUCUCCUCUGUGUGGCCUCCUUCGUGCACGGUGGUCACGAAAAAUAUGAAGGCCACCAGCUAUACCGUGUGGCUGGAUUUAACGAACAAAUCAGAGAACUAGAAGCAAGCCUAGAUGUCCUAUCUGCUACGCCAGCAGCCAGGUCCGACUCUGGCAAGCUCGAGGCUCUCGUCCGAUUGGCUCCUGAAGAGAAGGAACAAUGGCUGCACUACUUCCACAGGAAUAACAUGGUGUACACAAAGAUCGCCGACAAUCUCGCCGAAAUCCUCCGUAAGGAAGAAUCUGAGAUCCAGUUCUCGAAAGAAGCUGCCAAACGAAGUGGAAAGUCCAUCUCAUUUGACACCUACUACAGGCAUGAUGAAAUCAACGCAUACUUGGAUGAACUGGCGGAAGAGUACCCUGACCUCGUGACCGUCAUCAACGCAGGCCUUAGCUUCGAAGGUCGUCAGAUCAAAUACGUGAGGAUCUCGUCGACCCGCUUCGAAAACCUUCGGAAGCCCGUCAUCGUGAUCGAUGCCAUGGCUCAUGCCAGAGAAUGGGUCACCACUCCGGUUGCCAUUUACAUCAUCCACCAACUCGUGGUGGAAGCCUCCGAAAGCCCCUUGACUCAAUCCAUCGACUGGAUCAUUAUCCCUCUCGUCAACCCUGAUGGUUACGAAUAUUCGAUCGAUGUGGACCGCUUGUGGCGUAAAACUCGUUCCACGGCGCACGAUGGAGCCGACGAGUGCCCAGGAGUUGAUAUCAACCGCAACUUCGACCACCACUGGGGUACUGUUUCAAGCAGCGCUAACCCUUGCUCCAUCAUCUUCGAAGGUCCUUCCGCUUUCUCCGAGUCUGAGACUAGAGUCGUCAGAAGCGCUGUCAUGUCCAACCUUGAGAGAACAUCCCUCUACAUUUCUCUGCACAGCUACGGAAACAUGUUCCUGUAUGCUUGGGGCAACAACGCUACGUUACCGCCAAAUGGUCUGAUCCUUCAUUUGGUUGGCAUCAAUAUGGCUAACGCUAUCGAUGAAAAGGCUUUGGACAAGGCUGACAGGUACAUAGUGGGCAACGCUGCAAACGUUCUCUACUUCACAACUGGUACCUCCAGAGACUGGACCAGAGCUGUGGGAAUCCCUCUCACCUACACCUUGGAGUUGCCUGGAUAUGAAUACGACUUCAUAGUCCCCCCUAAAUAUAUUAAACAGAUAGUGACAGAAACCUGGGCGGGUAUUGCAGUAGGUGCUCAAUACGUAUUGUCUACUUGGUAA